CCCGGCCAGCCGCAGUGGUUCCUCCCAGUCAGACAGCUCUCGCGCCAGGGAGCAGCGAGCUUCCGCACCGCUCCUUAAAACCUAAAACUGCUGUCAAAUAAGGAACACCAGCUAGCGCUAUGUUAUCGCAAUCCAGAUGUGCAUACCGGACGAUUGGUCGCUCUCUGUCAGCGGUGAGCCAGGCCAACAAUGUUCUGGUCCGGCAAAAUGUAUCCGGCCUCCCUGUCUGCAGCCGGCUAGUUUACAGGAGUUCUCAGCCAUGUGAAUUUCCAUCAUUAGUGACUAUCUCUCACAUCAGAUUCUUCAAGACAUCUGCUGUUCACAGGGAUGAGGUUGUCACAGUCAAAACUCCUGCAUUCGCAGAAUCGGUUUCAGAGGGCGAUGUGAGGUGGGAAAAAGCUGUGGGGGACUCCGUGACAGAAGAUGAAGUGGUGUGUGAAAUUGAGACUGACAAGACCUCAGUACAAGUCCCCGCUCCAGCGGCUGGCGUGAUUGAGGAACUGCUGGUGCCUGAUGGAGGGAAGGUAGAAUCAGGGAUGCCCCUCUUCAAACUCCGAAAAGGAGCGGUUGCUGCCAAAGCUGCCCCCUCCCCAGCUGCAGAGGCCCCGGCUGCAGCCCCUCCACCUCCACCACCUCCCGCUUCAGCCCUCAGUGCCAUGCCUCCAGUCCCCCCAGUGCCACCACAAGCUGCCCAAGCCAAACCUGUUUCUGCCAUCAAGCCCACAGCUCCAGCUCCAGCACCUCCAACAGCAGGAGGCAGAGGAGAAAGCAGGGUGAAGAUGAACCGUAUGAGGUUGCGGAUCGCCCAGAGGCUAAAGGAGGCUCAGAACACCUGCGCAAUGUUGACCACCUUCAACGAAGUGGACAUGGGCAAUGUUCAGGACAUGAGGAAAAUCCAUAAGGAUGCUUUCUUAAAGAAGCACAAUAUCAAACUGGGCUUUAUGUCAGCGUUUGUGAAAGCUGCAGCACAUGCUCUGACUGACCAACCUGCUGUCAAUGCUGUUAUUGAUGAUACAACCAAAGAGAUUGUCUACAGGGAUUACGUAGACAUUAGCGUCGCUGUGUCAACUCCAAAGGGGCUUGUUGUGCCGGUGAUCCGUAAUGUUGAGACCAUGAACUUUGCUGACAUUGAGAAAACCAUCAAUGCAUUGGGAGAAAAGGCUCGUAACAAUGAGCUUGCUGUUGAAGAUAUGGAUGGAGGUACCUUCACCAUCAGCAACGGCGGCGUGUUCGGCUCCAUGUUUGGCACGCCUAUCAUCAACCCCCCCCAGUCCGCCAUCCUGGGCAUGCAUGGCAUCUUCGACCGACCUGUGGCCAUCAAUGGCAAGGUGGAGAUCCGGCCCAUGAUGUACGUGGCACUGACAUACGACCACCGCCUCGUUGACGGCAGAGAAGCGGUCACUUUCUUACGCAAGAUCAAAGCGGUGGUGGAAGAUCCACGAGUGCUGCUUCUGGACAUGUGAUGUUUCUAGCAACACAUUAAUCCCAUUUAAAGCUGCAUUUGAAAGAAAAAAAAAAAAAAAAAACUCCACAUCACAAAACAUGCACAAGUGAUACAAAAUCGCCUACACAACUAUUGUUGUCUUUUUUACCUGUUCAGUCAGACUGCCGGGAGGAUGUUGCGGUUGUGUCCCAACGCUCAUAUGACGCUUAAAUACGUGGUAUUAUCUGGAGAGAAUGGACUUUCUUCUGGCUGGAUUAACAAAGCUAAAAGAUUGCUUGCCAUCUUCUGUUGGUUGUUGUUUUGCUACAUUUGAAUUUAGCAAAGAGAAAAGUGACAUUUACGUUACACGUCUUAGGACAAAUAUUGGCACAACACAGGCUUAAAAUGUUGAGGAUAACUCUCAUAUGGUUGUUAUUAUUCUACUCAUGUGCUCUUCAGAUGGACGAAUGACGAGUAGAAGAUAAACACUCCCUGCGUCACUUUUGUGUAAUCAUGAAACAAAAUGGCUUUUCCAGGCAACCGUUGGCUGCAUGACUCUUUCUCCCCGGCUCGUUAGUUGGUGCUCCUGAGCCACUUUUUCCACAUCAGGGUCAAGCGGAGCUCACUUAAAGUAGUUCAAGAUGUUUUUAAUGUUAACACAGGAUUGAAAGAAUUCCUUGUUUUGCUGCUAGUCAUUGUUACUAGCAACAGUCUGGAAAAAGGAAUCCACGACUGGGAAACCAGGUUUUUGUAUGGAACAGGCGUAUACAGGUGCCAUGUUUGCAGGUGACUCCAGUUAUAUUUCUGCUUCGCACAGUCCUCAUGUGGAUUUUGUUUUUUAAACCUGUCUUGCAGAUUGUUUGACCAUCAGUCUAAAAAUGUUGAUCAGACUGUUAUAAGCUGUUAGUGAAUGAGACGCACGUGAACCGUGAACUCACUGUUUAUAAACAGAAACUGUACAAAACCCAAACCAAACACCAUUUGUUUUUUAAUAUAUAUAUUAGUAGGCGUGUAUAUAUGUUAGUAUAUUGUUACUAUAUGUUGGGAGUAAUCUUCAAAUCGACAAUUUGGCCGCAGGUUUUUAUGUUGAGCUCCAAUGUGAGAUUUUCAUUGCGCUAUCCUAUCUAUAUAUAAAAUACUUGUAUCUAUUUAAAGAAACAAUUUUAAAGAUUAAAAUUCUCAAGAGUUUUAUGUACUAAAA